GUCUAGAACAACAUCCUCCAAGGCCGCGACUAGGCCUGCCGCCUGUCAGACGUACAGUCAGGAUUUUAUUUUUAUGACAGAAAUGGUAGUGCUCGCAGAUUUGAAUAUCUUAACUAUUGGUUACCAGAUCUGCACAAAGGUCUCUACCACGACAUUGAAGCGCCGCACACCGCGUAGCGAGUUCUUUGUUCUUUGUUCCUUGUUUCUGAGCCACAUUAUUUUACGGCACAGGACUAGGAUUUAAGAUCUUGCAGUCUGAAUAGUCUUGAGACUCGUUACAUCGUCCCGUACAACUUGAAGCAGCUUCCGAUACACGGAACAUCACUUUCACUGCACCAAACCAUGCCAAGGAACAAGAAACCCCAAAGUAUCCUGCGCAAUCGCGUCAACUUUCCACCAUUCAACGGCCUUCCGGAUGAGGCUGAAAUUGAUCUCAUUUACUGGGAUGAGGGCCCAUUUGGAUUUGCACCCAGCCAGCACUGGUGUUUCCUCGGCGAGAUCGUCGAUUUCAUCGGGCUUGCACGAGUUCUAUUAUAUGUCAAGGAUAAGGAUGGACAGGUCAUUACCGUCGCGCUACACACAGACGAUCGCGGACGAGCGCUUGCUCCCCAAGUCAAGAAAGGCCACACGGUUGCUGUGUUAUAUGGCGAGCAACAUGGAUUCCUAGACAUGAGCGUCGGACUACGUGUUGAAAAUGCCUCCAACAUCAAAAUCAUACCGUGCUCACUCGAGCAACUACUGAGUGCCAGCGAUGAUAUCGCUGCACACAGAGGUCAGCCAAGACACUGUGGUUCCUGUGGUAAGGAGAACACCUCUGAAAAUAGGCACUGCUUGCGCUUGUGUUCCCGCUGCAAACAGGCGUCGUAUUGUGGAGAGGAUUGUCAGAAGAAAGCCUGGGUUGAUGGUCACAAGGUUGAUUGCAAGGCCCUUGCGGGGGUACAGUGGUUCGCAGGAAAAAACUGGAUAGAGUUUGACGACUAUUUUUGUUUCUGAUGUUUUGCCAUGUCCCACUGUUGGCUUCGCGAAUCAUAUUAUUUUCCUAUUAGUCUGAUUCUAUUGUACGACUGCAGCAAUUCUAUUUUGUUGAUCCCA